AUGCGGUUCAAGGCUGUGCUGUCAGACCAGGGCAUAAGGUUGCUUGACAAAGGUCUUCUUCCUACUCUUGAGAAAUUUGGACAAACGUGUCAACUUCUUCUAUCUUUGGAGGACGUUCAUUUUGUCCAAGACGUUGUUGACACAACAGGAACUCAAGUCAUCGCCAGAGUUGCAAUCAACGAGCUGUUCAACUCUGGUUCCAUCCGCCUUGAGAGCCGCUAUCGUAACUUGAUCGGCUUUGAGUUCGAAGUGUCGCUGUUGAGGAGGGUGUUCAAGAGUGCAGAGACAAAUGGGGCUGAUAGGAUCGAAGUCAAGCUGGCGAACAAAUCAGUCCCCCUUGCAGCCGGCGAAUCUGAGAGCAGGCCUUUCUUGACCUUUGCAGUAACGGGUGAGAACAUGAACAUGGUUCAUGAGCUCCAAAUUGGUCCACCCUUCAAACCUGCUCAGAUUGAUAACAUUCUGGCAGAAGUGGAGUCCACAAGUUUGUGUCCUUUCUACCUCGAUGUCCAGCCCAUUAUUGGGCAGAUGCAACUGCAAAUGGAGAGACUGAAGAGCAUGGGUGACUCUUUGAAUCUUUCAUUGUCAAAGAUGGGCGAGCUUUACUUGACGAUGAGAGGAGAAGGACUGUUCUUGAUGAGCGAGUUGGGUGGCCUGCUUGUUCUGCCUGAAGGAGCUGCAAUAGAAGCCACAGCAAGGAGGCCAGAAACAGCUGAAGAGCGCCUGCAAGAAUCGUUAGAAAUGGAGCAGGCGGCUGGGGUGGACGUUCAAACCAAGCACUUGUCUAGGAGUCUAGCUGCAAGCCAGCUGACCCAACCAGCACAGCUGCUGUGUGGCAUUGGCGAGAACGGUGGAUACGUUCAUUUUAUGUUUGUGUACAGAGAUCCUUUGAGCACAGCUGGUUUUGACGACUCCAUGAGUCUCAGCUUCAAGUUGCCAGUGAGAGAAGAGUGA